AUGGAGCCGCUCCGGGUGCUGCUGGCUGCUGCUCUGCUCCCGCUCCUGCCCCCUGACAGGGCAGCUGUGCCACUGCCUACGCUGACCCGGCCACUGAGCAUGGUGCUGGCUGGGCAGCGCCGGCAGCUGGUGGUGUGUGUGGUGAGCGACCUGGCUCCCAGCUCUGGCCAUGCUGUCUGGAUCUCCGGUGGGAAUGGUAGCAUCCUGCAGUCCUUUGCCUAUGGGGCCUCCCAGGAGGAUGGUGGCACCAUCUGCUCCGUCUCCCUCCUUUCCAGUGAUCCCCCACGCGAGAGGGAACUUGCCUGCCAUGUGGGGGCCAACAGGACCUCCCCGUCCCACAGCUCCAGCCCCAUCCGCAUCACUGGCAACGAGGAGGUGGCAGAGCUGUGUAGCACAGCUGUGUCACCAGCCCCUGCCUUGGCAGCCCUUCUUGCGGCUGUCCGUGUGGUGUUGCUGAAGGUCUUGCUCUCUGAUGCUGUCCUCACGUCCAUCCUCCUCGCCCAGAGCUGAGCUAUGGGCAACUGCCCAUGCCGAAGGGUAAGUCCCCCUGGUUUGGUGUAGGGGUGUGAAAGGCACUGGAAAUAUUCUGGAGACUGAAGAGAGGACCCCCAAAUGGAGGAAGGAGGAGACCCUGUUGUUUGGGGAAGGUACAGGAUGGGAAUCUUUGGGUGGACAAGGAAGAGGGGCUAACAGGUCUCUGUGGGUGGCCAGGCCCCACAUCCCUCCAGGAAUUACCUGGAGGAUGGGAAGGGACCCCAAAUUAUGCAGAGGUAGGGAAAAAGCCCCAAGGUACCUCGGGGGGUAAACUCCAGAAUUCCAGAGGCAGGAAGGGACUCCGGCGGGUUGUGUGGGCACCCCAGGGGCGGCCGCGGCCACGUGCGCGCCCUUCCCACGUGGGCGCUCGGCGGGACCGCCCGGGGGCAGAGCCACGGGGGCCGCGCGCCGCUGCGAUUGGCUGGCGGCGGCCGGCGGGGAUUGGUCACGCGGGUCACGCGCGCCUCCGCUAUUUGGCCGG